GGGUGAUGAGCCCCAGCACAGCGGCAGUCCAAUAGGCUGAGGACAAAAGAAGCUAUUUUCUCAUCUACCUUCCAUCUGGUGGACCUAGUCCUAAUCCCUCUGACAAAGAUGGUGGGUGCAAAGGUGGUCGCAGGCCCCAGCACCUCCCUGGGCUUGGCACAGCAGGGCAGUGAAGUCAGCAAUGUCAUAGUGAAAACCCCCUUCUAUCAGGUGUCUUGCUGUGAGCCUGUUCCUUGUACCAGCUGCUGCCACUCUAGGUGGCCCUCUCUCACAGAGUCUACUUAUAGCCGCCUGUUCUACAUCUUCCUCCAUGUGGGGGCCUCAGCAGUCUGCUGCCUCCUGCUGUCAAGGACAGUAGUGGAAAGGGUCUGGGGCAAGGCACAUGAGAUCCAGAUGCCCUCGGGGUUGUGUGUCCACCUGUUUGGCCAGUCUGACUGUCCAGUGCUCAGUGGCUCUGGGGCUGUGUACCGAGUAUGUGCAGUAACCGCCACUUUCCACCUGCUGCAGGCUGUGCUGCUGGUUCACCUCCACUCCCCUACCAGCCCACGGGCACAGCUUCAUAAUAGCUUCUGGCUCCUCAAGGUGCUGUUCCUGUUAGGUCUCUGUGCUGUUGCCUUCCGCAUCCCUGAUGAGCAUCUCUUCCCAGCCUGGCAUUACAUUGGCAUCUGUGGAGGCUUCACAUUCAUCCUACUGCAGUUGGUGCUUAUCACAGCCUUUGCCCAUUCCUGGAACAAGAACUGGCAGACAGGUGCAGCCCAAGACUGCAGCUGGUUCUUAGCUGUGCUGCUGGCCACCCUCGGAUUCUACAGCACGGCAGGUGUGGGAGCUGUACUUCUGUUCCGUCACUACACACACCCAGCUGGCUGCCUGCUCAACAAGAUGCUCCUCAGUCUGCACCUUUGCUUCUGUGGCCUCCUCUCCUUCCUCUCUAUCACUACUUGCAUCCACCCCAAGCAACCCCGCUCUGGCCCUCUACAAGCCUCUAUCAUCAGCUGCUACAUCAUGUAUCUGACCUUCUCUGCGCUGUCCAGCCGUCCUCCAGAGAGAGUAAUCCUUCAAGGACAGAAUCACACCCUGUGCCUGCCUUGCCUGAGUGAAAUGGAACCCCAAACAUCAGAUACUUCGCUAGCAGUGUUGAGUGCUGGCAUCAUGUAUGCUUGUGUGCUUUUUGCUUGCAAUGAGGCCUCCUACUUGGCCAAGGUAUUUGGGCCCUUGUGGAUCGUCAAGGUUUACAGCUAUGAGUUCCAGAAGCCUUCACUCUGUUUCUGCUGCCCAGAAUCAGUGGAGCCAGAGGUAGGGCAAAGGGGUGGGGCUGCCAGGCCAGCUGACCGAGAGACCCCUCCAGCUCUUCCAGGUCAAGCCCAGCAUCUUUCCUACAGCUAUUCUGCCUUCCACUUUGUCUUCUUCCUUGCAUCACUAUACUUCAUGGUUACCCUCACCAACUGGUUCAGCUACGAGGGAGCAGAACUGGAAAAGACCUUCACCAAGGGUAGCUGGGCUACCUUCUGGGUCAAGGUUGCUUCAUGCUGGGCUUGUGUACUCCUCUAUCUAGGACUGUUACUGGCACCUCUCUGGUCCCCCACCCAGGACUCCCAGCCCACUCUUAGCUUCAGGCAACAAUGCCAUCGCAUCAGUAUCGCCAGGUAACAAACAGCCUCCAGUCUAGUUCUUUUUAACAAACUGGGGUUUGUUCCCCUUGAGGUUGUACCCCUAGUUUUGGCUCAGGGGAGCUAUCCAUCCCAGCUCAAUACCUCAAGCACACAGUGGAGAGUUAUCUCCCUUUAAGGUGAGGUCAGUACCAUGUCUGAAUUAAAAGUGGUCAUAAACACCCUAAUGCCGUGGGCAGAGUAUCUGACUUACUGGAGCUCCCGUUACAUCUUCAUCCCAGCUCAAGAGCCUAACCCAAAUCAGCAGCUCUGAACCACUGCUGAUCCCAGCAGACAGCGUGGCACCAGCCCUUUUCUGGCUCUUGAGCUGGAGGUGGGGGCAGGAAAAGACCAACAGGGACUGAAGACUUGACUGUGCCCUUAGAGAUAAAAAGGAAAACAAGCAAUUUGGCCCUGGGCACAGGGAUAUAAGAAGCCCAGAACCACAGAAUAAUCCAGGGCAUAGGAAGAAAGGAGCACAGAGGCUACUGUAGGUUUUAAUCCUGAUCGUGAGGUCAAGGGAAGUGGGAAGACAAAAGCUAUCCUCAUUCCAUGAAGAAUGACAGAAUAGAAGAGAAUGUGAACACUUGAGAGCAGCUGACCACGGAAAUUCGGUGAGAUUUUUUUGGCCAACUUUCAAGCAGACAAACAAAAUGAGGAAGAAUGAGGAAGAGCGGCAUAAACUUAGGUCUUGGAGCCUUCCCUUCUAGGUCCUCAACUGCAUCCUUCGGAUGGGAUCAAAAAUCACAGAAAAGAAGUAUUUACGGUUCUUAGAGGAUUCCUCUAUCACAUAUCCUGAGUACUGGUCUGGUUGUCAUAGUAUAAUAAAGGCUUUUUCUGGGAUGUUUCA